CUUUUCACGUCUCCUCUUCUUCUACACCAAAACACACAUUACACACACACACACCCUUUUUUAAAAAGUCUCUAGUCUAUGGCCUCUUUCUUUUUUUCCAUCUUCCCAAUCCCAACUAUAUUUUUUUUUGUUUUUUGUAUUUUUUGUUCUCCCCCUCUCCCUCUAGUUCUGCUAAACAGUUUUAAAAAUUCGUGAUCUAUAUAUUAACUUUUAUUAAAAAAAUUUGGCUUUAGGAUUACAUAUCGUUUCUUGUAGGCAGUUUCAAGUCGAGAGAGGUAGUACUUAGUUUUUUCUUUUGCUUUUUACUCCUGAAUCUCACUGCUGUUAUUGCUGUUUAGUGUUUCUGUAUCUUUUUUUUUUUUGUUUUCCAAAAAGAAAGUUUUGUUCAGGCAAGAUGUCUGGCCCUUUGGUUCAGCCAGUUCAUGGCAUCGUCAAGGAGGAGCCCUUUAGUAUAUUGCCAUUUAUUGAUGAAAAGCCAUGUUUGGAUGCGAUGAACAUGACCUCUGUUGCCAAUCGAGAGCGCUUAAAUUUUCAACCUGGAUCCAGCAGUCGAACGGCUGAAGUUGAUGAUACUGAAUAUUACACAAUCUCUGGGACAAGGCCGUAUUUUGAUGUGAUUCUUUCAAGAACACAUGUCACUCCUCCAUAUCGAUUGAACCUUCCCACUAGAAUGGUGUCAGAGCUUCCUUCUAAGUUAGUCCCUAUGGUUCUAACUUCCUGUGGCAAGACCUGGGAGACGUUUUACCAUGGACGAGGCUCAACCAAAAGAUUUGGCUGGAAAAGAUUUGUAAUUGAUAAUGGUCUGAGAAUGGGAGAUUGCUGUUUCUUUGAGCUCAUGGAGUGCAGCACGACGAAAAUCGUAUUCAAAGUUAUCAUCCUCAGAGGUACCCUGCCUUUGGGUGAAGGAGCUGGAGAUGGUGACACUCCGGAGACUGCAAUCUUCAUUGAAUAGAACAAUCCAUUAGAUUUAUCACUACCUGUGAUAGCUAUUGGAUCUUUCAACCAUUUAGAGCUCCCACGUCUAUUUACUGAUUAUCAGUUUAUCACCUUAUCUGGAUGCUAAACAUUUCAUGUAACAAAAUUUCUAGAUCCACCCGGAUGAGACCUGUGAGGUAAAUUCAUUUGUUUUUGUCAUCUAUCUA